AUGAACAGAAAAAGAUUGAGAAAGAUGGUAUUAAUGUUGUUAAUUUAAUAGGUAUUAAUUAUUAUAAAAUUUAUGUAUAAAUAUGUAGAAAUAUAGUAAUUAAGUCUUAUAUUCGUUCUUCAAUAUUAAUUAAUUAUUUUCUUGGUUUUUUCUUUCUUUUAUUCUUUUUUCUAAAUAUUUGUACAUCUAUUUUCAUCAACUUUUUCUUUUAACCAAUAUUUUUCUUUUUUGCUUUCCCUUUUUUAUUUCGCAUUGAUAUAAUUUAUCUUUAUCCAUCCCCCUCCUUUCUCUCCUCUUUACUUUUUAUAUUAUUUUUUUUUUCCUUUCUAAAAUUCAAAAUAUUAGUUAGAAUUCUAAUAUUAUUUAUUAAUAUUCAUUCAUUCAUUUCUCCUUUCAAUUAAUUGCCCUAGUAAAUACCUACCUACAUAUACUUUUUUAUUCUUUUGGAAAAAAAAUUCAAAUAUUAUAAAAUAAAUUGUAUCUUUCUUUAUUUCUUUCUCUCUUUCUCUCACUUUCAUUUUCAUCUACCAUACUAUAAAAAACGGAUGGGAGAACAAGUUCUGCCAUCACUUAAUCCUUUCCUUUUAAAGUUCAUAUUGUUUCCAUUAUACCCGCCAAAUCUCUGUGAUUGAAAACAACAAAUAGUUUUACAAUUAGCUUGCUUAUCAACCUCGAUAAAAAUAAAAAAAAUCAAAAACAAAUAUGAAAUUUUUUUCUAUUUUACUGAUUCUUUUUUUUCUUUGUAUUUGA